AUGGCCGCACACACGCUUGUCGGUCGUGGGAGAGCUCAUUGCCGUGCUGGCGCUCCCAUAGAGCCGCCCGAAGAAGUUGACGCGGGGCUGAAUGAUGCAUACGAAGACCCGAACAAGCAAAAUGACAAACUCAAGAAACGGGUGGGUGACAUGAAGGAUCAGAUGAGCCGUAUGAAAAAGCGAAUGCGAGACAUGAAAAACAAUUACGAGCAUCGAUUCGCGGCACUCGAAGAUCACACGCAGGCGCUACAGCGCGCCGCCCAGCAUUUUGACGCCAGUGUCAGCAGCUCGUAUGUUCCACUCUACCGUCAUCCCGCCUCAUCAACGACCAAUUCGGCAACGUGUUCUCGCCUCUCCACCGUGCCUUCAUGCGUGUCUACGGAAAUUGCUGUACAUCGUCCUGACAUGGACACUUUGGAGCCCGUGAAACGCGAGCCGUCGACUGUGGCGCAUGAUCGAGCGUCGGCGGAGAGAUCACUGGACUGCAUAUCGGUGGGCGCACCUACCUCUCCUUUACGACACUGA